UCUCUCUGUCUAGAAAAAUUCUUCAUAUUUCCUCUGAAAUUUCCUUAAUUUGUUGAAUAUUUGAUCUGGGUUCUUUCCAUAAAGGUUCAUUUUCUUAUGUUUGGAUCAAAACAUUACUCUAUGUUUUUAAAAAUCUUGAAACUUUAGAAAAUUCUCUCUCUAAAAAGUUUUGAAUUUAAGCAUUUUUGGUUGAAAUAAAACGAAACCCAUUAUUUGUUCAAGUGAAAUCUGAACUGGGUUGGUGCUGGUUUGUGAAGAAUUUUUUGGCGGGAAAUAAAGAGGGUGAUAGAUACAAGAUGGAUGUAUCUAUAGCUUUGCUGUUGUUUACUGGUGUGACUGCUUAUCUGCUGUGGUUCACUUUCAUCUCAAGGUCAUUGAAGGGUCCACGUGUGUGGCCAUUGUUCGGCAGUCUUCCGGGCCUGAUAGAGAAUUCCGAUCGGUUGCACGAGUGGAUAGCCGAUAACCUCCGGGCCUGUAAUGGGACCUACCAGACGUGUAUAUGUGCGGUCCCCUUUUUGGCCCGGAAACAAGGGCUAGUCACCGUCACUUGUGACCCGAAAAAUCUUGAACACAUUCUUAAAACCCGGUUUGAUAAUUACCCAAAAGGUCCGACGUGGCAAGCUGUUUUUCAUGAUUUGUUAGGAAAAGGGAUCUUUAAUUCAGAUGGUGACACGUGGCUUCUCCAAAGAAAGACGGCUGCACUCGAGUUCACGACUCGAACGCUUCGACAAGCCAUGGCUAGAUGGGUGACUCGAGCCAUCAAGAACCGGUUCUGCCCAAUUUUGGAACGGGCUCAAGUCCAAGCUGAGCCCGUAGAUCUACAAGAUCUUUUGCUACGGAUCACUUUUGAUAACAUUUGUGGCUUGGCUUUUGGAAAAGACCCUCAAACUUUAGCCCCUGAGUUGCCCGACAAUAGCUUUGCGUUAGCUUUUGAUCGGGCAACUGAGGCCUCGCUCCAACGGUUUAUUUUCCCAGAAGUUAUUUGGAAAAUGAGAAGAUGGCUCCGGCUUGGAUUGGAAGUCAGCUUGAGCCGAAGCCUUGUACACGUGGAAGAUUACUUGUCAAGCAUCAUCAGUACACGUAGGCAUGAGCUGUCAUCUCAAGUCAAAGAAGGAAGUCAACAUGACGACUUGUUGUCAAGGUUUAUGAGAAUGAAAGAAUCCUAUUCUGACAAGUUCUUACAACACGUGGCACUCAACUUCAUCCUAGCUGGACGUGACACGUCAUCAGUAGCAAUGAGCUGGUUUUUUUGGUUGGUGAUUCAAAAUCCAAAAGUUGAAGAAAAAAUUCUAAAAGAAAUAUCUAGUGUGUUGCUCGAGACACGUGGCGAUGACGUGGCAAGAUGGACCGAUGAGCCACUUGGGUUUGAGGAGGUGGAUCAAUUGGUGUAUCUCAAGGCUGCGCUAUCCGAGACCCUUCGGCUAUAUCCGUCUGUGCCAGAGGAUUCCAAACAUGUGGUUGCUGAUGAUGUGUUACCGGACGGAACAUUUGUUCCGGCCGGAUCAUCGGUUACUUAUUCAAUAUACUCGGCAGGGCGAAUGAAGUCAACAUGGGGUGAAGAUUGUCUAGAGUACCGUCCGGAGCGCUGGUUAUCUCCGGACAGUACAAAAUUUGUAAGGCAUGAUUCAUAUAGAUUUGUUGCAUUUAAUGCCGGACCUAGAAUAUGUCUAGGUAAAGAUUUAGCAUAUUUGCAAAUGAAGUCUAUAGCGGCUGCAGUGUUACUCCGCCAUAAGCUUGCGGUGGUGCCAGGACACAAAGUAGAGCAAAAGAUGUCACUGACAUUGUUCAUGAAGUAUGGACUAAAAGUAAAUGUCUUUCAAAGAGAUUUAAGGCCAAUUAUGGAAAGUGUGAGGAGAAAUAAAGAAGGUGGUGACUAGUGGUGACGGCGGUAACGACGGCAAUGGUUGUUGGGGUUGUUUAAUAGAAGCUUUGGUUUUGGUGGUUGGGUUAAUUUUUAUCGGUAUAAAGUUUGUUGAGGUAGGUCAGAAUUUUGAAUACCAUUAAAAUUAUAUUUGGGUGGGUCGGGUCAAGCUUGUGCUUUUGAAUAUGGUUCACAUGCAAUUUUCAACUUGUAGGUACAAUUUCAUUCAUUAAUAUUGUGCCAUUAUGUUAUAGUCCUAUUUCAUUUUUCUUUAUCGAAGAUCAAAUAAAUAACCGUACAUAAUUUUAACAGCAAUCAUUUUAUUCUCA